AUGAGCGCCUUCUUCGCAUUGAUUGGUUGGAGUUUGGCUGACAUCGUGCCUAGUUUUCUUGUUGACGAAGGCAUUGUCGACCCUUUAUACCAUGACAUAGAGAUGGGAUCUCUAUGCCUCAGCUACAUGAAUCUACCCAUGUUCAUGGAUCCUAUCUCCAGCCAUUCCGCUUCCGAAGGUGACUAUGGUCUUAUGGACUAUGCAGUCAUUUACUGGAUCAAACAUCUCGACGGCGUCAUUUGGGAGGCUAGUCGAAGAAUGGCAAGAGCUAAGCUCCAAGACAGUCAUCGCGCUCAAGCCAUCCCGCAAGAGCAAGAGAGACCUGUCGUCUACCCAACUUUGCAAGAGGAUGAUUAUCUGCAGGUCAUGGUCCCCUUUGCUGAAGCUUUAGGUGUCUUUAUCGAUGAACAUUGGACCGAGCCAAAGAUGCCACUGGAGGUUUCUUCACGAAAUAAGAAGAAGCUGCAGGUCUUCGAAAGCUGGGAUUUUUACUACAAGCUGGAGCAAUUAUAUGUCUUCACGAGGAAACAACUCCACUCCUUUGGCGCUUUGAAAAGGGACGAAGUCUCCACAGAUAUCGUCGAUAUCGUUCGUGAGGUCCGGGAAGAGAUAGAAAAGGUCUUCACUAAUGCCGUUGACCACUCUUCGAAGGAUUCACUUGUUCGAAAAUAUGGCGAAAAUUUGUUCAAGUGCCCGCGACUCAGCUGUCGGUCAUUUACAUCCGGCUUUGACACUGCCGACGAACGAGACAAACAUGUUACAAGACAUGAUCUUCCACUCCGAUGCAACUACAAAGACUGCAUCACCGGGUUUGAGAUCGGCUUCGCCAAUCAGAGUCAAUACAAAAGACACAUGAGAAACUACCACCCAUCAGCAUCUCCGCAGAACGAACAAUUCCCCACAGAUAAAGAGAUCCAGCUAAGCAAGCAGCAAGUCAUUCAAAACAAGCAAGCCAGGAUACAGCCUACCCAAGCCUCAACCAGCACCCGCGCGCCAGAUCCUAAUCCCGUAGAGGACACGACAACCGUCCCAGAACCAGAAGGUUCUUCAUCGUCAGAUUCAGAGCCUCCGGAAAUAAGACCUCUUCCACGAGUCGAGCCACAGCUCCAAGAUCUCAAGUGCCCAACCUGUUCCCGCGAGUUCACAAAACUGUAUAAUCUCCGUUCGCAUAUGCGAGUCCAUGAGACGAUUCGGCCUUUCUCAUGUGAAUUCUGUCAGAAGACUUUUGCUAGGAAGAAUGACUGUACUCGACAUAGGAAGAUCCAUCUGGGGACUAGAGACUGGGUUUGCGGUGGGUGUCAGCAAGCGUUUUCGCGAUCUGAUGUUCUGAAUGCGCAUUUUCAAUCUCAAAAGGGUCAGGCUUGUCUUCAAGUGAUUGCUCAACAGCAAGACAAUUAA